UCCAGAGUUGCGGCGCCUGCUGCUGGCUGAGCAGAGCGACCGCGCGUCGUCGGACUUGGGACUGCUCAGGGCGGCGCCACCGUGCAACGCUGUACUGCAAGUUAACCAAUACAGUAAUUUGAGUCACUUCUGCUAUCAUGGAAAAGUAUGAAAAAUUAGCUAAGAUUGGAGAAGGGUCUUAUGGCAUUGUAUUCAAAUGCAGAAACAAAACAUCUGGACAAAUGGUAGCUAUUAAAAAGUUUGUGGAAUCUGAAGAUGAUCCUGUUGUUAAAAAAAUAGCACUGAGAGAAAUACGUAUGUUGAAGCAACUAAAACACCCAAACCUUGUGAACCUUAUUGAGGUGUUCAGGAGAAAGAGGAAAAUGCACUUAGUCUUUGAAUACUGUGACCAUACACUCUUAAAUGAGCUGGAGAGGAAUCCAAAUGGAAUUGCCGAUGGAGUGAUCCAAAGUGUAUUGUGGCAAACACUUCAAGCUCUUAACUUCUGUCAUAAACACAAUUGCAUUCACAGAGAUGUAAAACCAGAAAAUAUUCUGAUAACUAAGCAAGGAAUAAUCAAGAUCUGCGACUUCGGGUUUGCGCGAAUUCUGAUCCCAGGAGAUGUCUACACUGAUUACGUCGCUACAAGAUGGUACCGAGCUCCUGAACUUCUGGUGGGAGAUACGCAGUAUGGUUCUUCAGUCGACGUCUGGGCUACUGGCUGCGUUUUUGCAGAGCUCCUGACAGGCCAGCCACUCUGGCCUGGAAAAUCAGAUGUGGAUCAACUUUAUCUGAUCAUCAGAACGCUGGGAAAACUAAUCCCAAGACACCAAUCCAUCUUUAAAAGUAACCAGUUUUUUCAUGGUAUCAGUGUACCUGAGCCAGAAGACAUGGAAACUCUUGAAGAAAAAUUCUCAGAGGCUCAUCCUAUGACUUUGAAUUUCAUGAAGGAGUGUCUGAAGAUGAACCCAGACGACCGAUUAACCUGCGCCCAGCUCCUGGAGAGUCCCUACUUCGACUCUUUCCGAGAGGACCAAAGCAAAAGAAAAGCACGCAACGAAGGGAGAAACAGAAGACGUCAGCAGAAUCAACUGUUGCCUCUCAUACCAGGAAGCCACAUCUCCCCCAUACCUGAUGGAAGAAAACAAGUCCUCCAGUUAAAAUUUGAUCAUCUUCCAAACAUUUAGGAAAAUGUUCUUUCAAGUGGAAAGUAAUUUAAUAUGUACACAUUUUUGCAUGAGAGAGAUAGGAAUUCUCAGUGUUUCAAAUGCAAAUAAGCCAUAGGAAAAUGAAGAUGACUUCUAGAAUUGUUCUGCUCUCAUCAUUACUGAUUCCUCUGCCCGUGCUUUUCACAUGCCGACUCUAUCUUUUAGAAUAUUUUCUUGAAAUGUUAGAACUUCUGAAACCGCACA